AACCUAACUCUCCACUAGUUGCUGUAUGACAAGCCAAAAUCAAUCAGAAAUCUGUGUGUCUAAAGAGGGAGAGAAAAUGAGUAAAGGUGAGAAGAGGGAGGCUGUGAAUAUUGUUGAGAGCAAAGAAUGGUACUUAGCAGACUAUGCACCUCAAGGCGUUCCAACCUCUGAUCAUCUGAAGCUCCGCAGUGUCCCACUUUCCCUUGCCCUUGAUUCCAUACCCCAAGCCCAUGUUGCCAUUCAACUCCUCUUCAUCUCCAUUGAUCCUUAUCUUCGUACCAGGAUGAGCGGCCACGAUGAUGGUUUAUAUUUUCCGCAGUUCCUCCUUAACCAGGUGAUAACUGCUUUUGGAAUUGGAAGAGUAAUCAGAUCCAAGGAUGACAAGUAUAUCGAGGGUGACAUUGUGCUGAAUGCUUUCUUCCCUGUAGCUGAAUACUGUGUCGUGCCUUCCGAUGUCCUGAUAAGAAAGAUUGAUCCAGCGGCGGGAGUGCCCUUGCCAGAAUAUCUCAGUUGUCUUGGGGUUCCUGGUUUUGCAGCAUGGUUGGGGAUACAAGUGCUGGGAGACCCAAAGCCAGGCUCAAACGUCUUCAUAUCAGCGGCUGCAGGUGGUGUAGGAAUGUUUGCAGGACAAUUGGCCAAGCUCAAGGGUUGUAGAGUCAUUGGAAGCACCGGAUCUGAUGACAAGGUAAGGCUCCUAAUGGAGGAAUUCGGGUAUGACGACGCAUUCAACUACAACAAAGAAACUGAUCUUGAUGCUGCUUUGAGCAAGUACUUUCCUAAUGGCAUUGACAUUUACCUUGAAAAUGUGGGCGGUAAGAUGCUUGAGGCUGUCCUCAACCACGUGAACCUUCACGCAAGGAUUCCAGUUUGCGGAAUGAUUUCUCAGUAUAACCAGACUUGGACUGAGAGAGAGGGAGUCCGAAACCUGCUGAAUGUUGUGGGUAAGGAGGUAAGAAUGGAGGGGUAUUUGGUGGCUUCGUAUUUGGACAGAUUUGCAGAUUUUGCCAAGGAGAUGGAGAGCUACAUAAAACAAGGCAAAAUAAGAUCCAAACUCAAGAUGUAUCCAGGGAUUGAGAGCUUUGCGGACAGCAUAGGAUCCCUUUUCUCAAGCUCAAAUAUUGGGAAAGUCAUAAUCCAAGUUAAGCCCUAGAUAUAUAUGGCUUGUGUUUCCUUUUGUCCUUGCUCCUAAUUCAUGACCAGGAACAAUAUUGAAUAAAAGAGGGAUUGUUCUAAGAAAUAAAUAAUACACAUUGUGUGCUUGUCCUUUUCUUCUUUUGGG